GCGCCUUGACAUUUCGUAUUUCUUCCUGGAAAUUGGAAUACCGGUAUGUAAGUUAUGCCCUUAGUGCUUCAUCCUUUUGUUUGCAAGACGCACUUUUACUAAUGAGAGGCAGAUUAUAGUGAAAUUAUCAUGUUUCGCACAGUUAUUUCGCAAGUUUGCACUCGAGCCGCCCGGUUAAACAAUGUACGAUAUUUGUCGGGCGAGGUGAAUGAGGCCGCAAACAUAGAAAAAUCUGUAAAUAAUGUUACGUUGCUUGGAAGAGUCGGGGCAGAUCCUCAAAAACGUGGAAGCGAUGAGCGUCCGGUUGUGAUAUUCUCACUUGCGACACAUACAAAUUACAAAUAUGAAGCGGGUGAGUUUAUGCAAAGAACAGACUGGCACAAGAUAUGUGUUUUUAAGCCUACUUUAAGGGACACUGCGUAUAAAUACCUUAAAAAAGGUCAGCGAGCGAUGAUAAAUGGUAGAAUAAGUUACAGUGAAUUCAAAGAUACGGCUGGAAACGUAUCCUACAGUACGGCUAUCAUAGCGGACGAAAUAAUAUUUUUCCAAUAAGCUCCAAUGAACAGAAAGUUUGUACGUGUAAAUAAUACAUAUAUUUUGUUUUUCUCAAUAAAAUUCAUGCAGCAGUA